AUGUCCAACGCAAUUUCAAGAGAUAUGUCGUCAAUCGAACGCGCCCCCAGCGGCUACGUGGACCCGGACACCUGGGACCAUGACUCGGUGCUGCGGUUGCUGGGGAUGCUGCAGCGGAGCGAGGGCGCAGCCCCCGUGUUGCAACACUUGCGCAGGACGAUGUUUAGCCGACGGUUUAUGUCGUUCAGAGACACAUUUAAGGCGUUCCCCAGUCUUUCCAAAGACCAUGUAAACUAUUUGUACUACGAAGUAGACUCGGAGGAGUAUUUCACAGAGACUACGACAGAUCUGCCCGACGAGAUCACCGAUGACUCCAUCAUUGUCAUCUCCAACCCCACAGAGGCGCGUCUGCCAGCUGCACAAAUCAGCGUCAAGCUGCUCAGGGAAAUACUAGAGGCAAGAGCAGUAGCGGCGAGACAAAUUCCGACAACGCGCUGGACCAUACGUUGGAAGCCGAUGAACAAAACUACCAGUACUACUCCAGUUGGAGGUGUAACGGAUGAGGGAAGCAGGAGCAGCGUCGUUACGUCAGCCGGGCCAGCUGGCAGCGAAGUAAUAGUAACAAGUGACAAUACUUCAGCUGCUGCUGCGACAGAAGUAACAUCGCCUCCAUCUUAA